CCGUGUUGCUACCGAGCAAAUUUAGUUGCAGCUACGUUUCAGUCGCCAGACUCCUCUUGCUUUGACUUCACGACACGCGCUUUUUUAUGUUGAUGCACCGCAUAGAUUUGUCUUUUAUUAUUUAUCAUCCACGGCGGAUCACCUCAAGGCGAUGCUAAGUGAAUAGUUAACAACACGUUUGUCUCUCUGUGUGUGUGUAUGUGUGUAAAUAAUGAGCAGAUACUGAGCCAGCGUUAAUUGAAGAAGAGAGGACAUUUGAAUUUGCAUGCGAUAACAGCAAGGUUAUUGCAUCAAGCAAGGACAUGCAGAAGAGAGGGCAGUGAGGAGGAUGACAACAGAAGGAUAAAAGAACUCCUGGUCAGACUACGGAGAAAGAGGGAUGAGAACGAGACUGAAAUAAGAGGAGGAAGUGGAAGUCCAAAGUGCCUACUGUGAGGAGUCCUCUACUGCUGUUUGGCUGCUGUCUGACUCUGCAUUCAGCUGCUCCUCUGAGCUGGACCAGCUAGGUGAGAGCAGGGCAGAGUGUGGUGCGUGUUUGGCCUUGAAUGGGGCUAUAUUUUACCCUGACAAUGAGAGAGAGUCAUUCAUCCAACCACUGAUCUGCAGUCCCCACCUACCCUGAGCCACCACCUCCUCUCACCAGUGCAAGGACAUCAUUUUACAAGGGUUUGCCUUUAAAAAAAAAAAAAAACCUCUUUGUCAGUAUCUGUGCCAGCCAGCACAGCCAUAACAAGCACUACGGUGACUGUCCCAGACCUGGCCAUGUUGACGUGAAUGAGACAGUGACUUACUGUGUGCAUCAGGUGAUUCAGAGGCCGGGGGAAGGCGGCGACCCUGAAGAAUAGGACACAGACACAGCAGGGCAGAGGGCAGAAGACGCAGUUAUCACAGUGCCUCCCUCUCCUGGAAGAGUGUCUGUUUCAACUACAUACCCCAGCGUGCCAGAGUAAUGUUCUGAAAUUAGUCUCUGUUUUAUUAUGAGCCAGAGCUGGCCUCUGCUCACUGUCAAGCCCUACUAUCUCAACCCACGCAGUGAACCCUCAGCUGUCACGUUUCCCAGGACCAACUAAGGCUUAAGCAUUUCCCCUAAAAUCAGCCAACUAGAAGGACCUGCUGCCUGUUCGUGCCAAGGAAACAGGAAAAUAAUUUUACUUCUGUUUCCCUUUUGUGUUGCCUGGAUUUUUUUUCUGCAUCUCUAUUUCCUACACUUACACUCUCAAGCACUUCUCCACCCACCUGCCUCCACCUCUGCUUCGUUUUUGUGAGUGGCUGUAAUGGCGGUCAGCAUGACCAUGGGACGGGACACCAAAUGGCUGACCCUGGAGGUGUGUCGCGAGUUUCAGAGAGGCACCUGCUCACGCUCUGAUGCCGAGUGCAAGUUUGCCCACCCUUCCCGGAGCUGCCAUGUGGAGAACGGCCGAGUCAUUGCCUGCUUUGACUCACUCAAGGGGCGCUGCACGCGUGAAAACUGUAAAUACCUGCAUCCCCCUCCACACCUGAAGACUCAGCUGGAGAUCAAUGGGAGGAACAACCUGAUCCAGCAGAAGACAGCAGCAGCCAUGUUGGCUCAACAGAUGCAGUUCAUGCUGCCUGGAGCACAGUUGCAGCCGAUAACAACAUUCCCAGUGACGCCCUCCCUGGCAACCAGUCCCAAUAUGGCAUUCAGUCCAUAUCUGAGCCACAUGGGCCCGGGCAUGGGCUUGAUGCCUGAGCUGCUGCCCAGCACGCCUCUGCUGGUCCCUGGGAGUCCCACUGGCCUGGCAGCCAUGGGCAACGGCACCUCCACACAGAAACAUGUGCGCACAGACAAGUUAGAGGUUUGUCGAGAGUUCCAGCGUGGCAACUGUACACGAGGCGAGAGCGACUGCCGCUACGCCCACCCCCUGGAGGCAGGCAUGGUGGAUUGCAGCGAGAACUCGGUCAUCGUCUGCAUGGACUACAUCAAGGGCCGCUGCAGCCGGGAUAAGUGCAAGUACUUCCAUCCCCCUGCCCACUUGCAGGCCAGGAUCAAGGCUGCACAGCACCAAGCCAGUCAAAACGCUGCAUCUGCAACCUUGGCUAUGCCCCCAGGGGCCGUGCAGCCGCUACCAAAGAGGCCCAUCUUAGAGAAAAGCAACGGAGCCACCGCCACUGUCUUCAACCCGAGCAUGUUCCACUAUCAGCAGGCCCUGGCUAACAUGCAGCUCCAACAGCCAGCCUUUAUUCCCACCGGGCUUAUGAAAACUCAGGCCCCGCUGGCAGCGGAGGGCCGCUGGGAGAGGCGGGAGUGGAGCAGCUGCAGGCAAAUCCCCAGCCGCCUCCUGUCAGUGCCUGGAUUCACUGUUCCCAUGAUGCACGGUGCCACCACCUCCACUGUUUCGUCGGCCUCGACCCCAGUCACCAAUGUUCCUUUCGCUGAAUCCGCCGCCUCGAAUCAGUAGACCCCUCUGAGCUUUUGAGUCCUGAUCCAGUGGAGCUCCAGUGUGUCCCGAUGGAAACCCACUUCUGUCCUGUCCCCAAACUGCUGGUGGCAGCUCCAGUGGCGCUAAACUCAGUAAGCCUCUCCCGAAACCCCAGUUAAAGCACCAUCAACAGUCCUCCUCCUGUGCCCUACCAGGGCCGUCAUCUCUCUGAAUGCAGCAAACAUGUGCCUAACCCACAGUACACACACUAACUGAGUGGCAAUGUGAACCUCCACUGGAUAAAACAUCAAGAAAGCUCAAAUAAGUCAAGAAAGACGCAAUAUUUCAGCUCGGACCCAUUACUGUUGCUAUAAGGCAGCCAUCCUGAUGCAUACGGACGUGAAGAUCAGGCUGGGCAAUAGAGCUCCCUUGUUCUUACAGCCAUACAUGCCCACACCUUAAAAGCGCAGCAGACCUGUGCACGUAACACGCACACACACACUUAUUAGCAACUGAAAGCCCUUUAGGGUUGGAGCCAUUAUGUAAGGCGACCCCACACAUUUGACUCUUCCAAAGUGAGAAAGUCUGAGGAGCUAAUUAUGGAAAUUCAGAUCAGACAACAAGCAACAGGACCCGCCGCUGGUCUACAACCAUUACGUGACGUCACUUGAAACAGAUGUUUGAAAGAGCGAUUCAUAUCAUGUCUUGUUUACGUUUCAAGAAGGCUACAAAUUUGAUGUCUCAGUUUCAGUUGUACCACACAGUUGUUUUCAUGAUGUAUACUCUUGUCUUGCCUGAUGAAAGUCUCUCUCAUUGUUGAUUUGUUUGUGCCUUUGGUUUAUCUGCUUGGCUGCAGAGGCUUCAUACCCCAAAACAACUCAAAUCACUUGCUAGAUUACAGCGUGCAGUAAAAGACAUUGCCAUGUGCAACUAAAUGCAAUAUUUGUAAUACCAAAUAUAAUGUGUUAUGCUCCAGUACUAGGAAAAUCAAAUAAUUACAGUGGCAAUAUCUUUAAAAGUAAAGUUUGAAAAUCUUAGUUAAUUUGCAUUUAAACUCUUCUGGUAAUCAGUUAUAAUUGGAUUACAACAGAAGAUGAGGCAUUAUAUCUCUUGUAUGAUCCACAGCCUUUAUAAUUAACAUGUGAGAAACUUAUCAAAUCAACUGUAAAUUGACAUAGACAUAAGGUUAUGAUGUUAUCACUAAAAUAAUGGAGCCGAGAUAUCUUUUAAGAAUGUGGUUCUUCAUUCCUCUCUUGAAGGAAUAAACUGCCUUAAGCAGGCGAGGUCGUGUACUCUGCGUGAAGGCCUGUGUCUGUAUCACUAAAACAGGAGCAGACUAGACAAAUUAGUAAAACUACACAUCAGAUUUGAGUGAUGAAGUGUCUUGACUGGUGACGUUUGAUCAGUGAUUGUUGUGCUAGCAGUUCGUAUGGCAACUGAGAAGCCAUUUGCUUUAGCUUCGAUGGGGGUUUGUUUUCAUUUUUUCUCCAUGAUUUGAAAUCCAAACAUGUUGUCGGCUUCUUGUGCAAUGUUGAAGAAUGACAAUCUGUGGGCGUAGUCAAGGGCACUCCCUACUUUAACUCGGGAUCUUGGCCUCUGUCAAAAGCCCUGUGUACAGUGAGGGAACGAUUCCUGCCCUCCAGUCAUCUGAGGCCAUUAACAAAGCCAAAAAGGUUCUUGUGAACAUCAGAGCUGAAAUAAAAUAAGUGACGUUUUAAUUGGCAUUUCUUGACUUUUCACAGCUGAUGUCACAUCAGAAACUGGGAGCUAGAUUUGUUUGCCGCCUUUGCGCCCAUGAUUCUUUCACCAAAGUCUGUAUGUGCCAAGCAGUGGUAUAUGCAAAGAACUGCCCCAGUUAAUGCGAUACCAGAAUAAUUCCUCCAAAUAAGAAGACGUUUCCCUCUCAAAUGUCAAGAUGUACAAAAAAGAAGUGUGUUUGUGUGUUUGUGUCUCUUGUAAGGCUCUUGGAGUGAGAAAUUAGUGGCACAAGAUUUUUGUCAUAUGGCUCUUCAGGGAGAAAGCUCAGAACUUGAAAAUUGUCCUGUCUGACUUUAAAUUGUGUUGACUUUUUCACUGAUUGUGUCCUUUCUUUCAAAAGUCGUCAGACUCUAAAUGCUACAGCCACAGUGGUUUAAAAAAAAAAAGUACUAAGGUCAGGAGGUGGAGGGAAAAAAAGAAGCCGACCGUUUGAAGUCUGGUGGUAAAAAUUCCCUUACCAGUCAGGUUUUUGGUCCUCAAAUUUCUGUCAAGGAAUUGCUCAGUAGGCAUAUAAAAUUGGAUGAAAUGGCUAUGGAAAUUGGGUUGAAAUCACUUUUAGUCAAAUUCAAAUGUGCCUCUCUCAAGUCUCCUCAAGCCACCACUGUCCAUACAAGAACAGACCAGUCCUCAAAGGUAGAUGUGUUAUUUGGCAUCUUAAUCACAGUAGUAAACCACAUCUCUGUAGUUUCUUCGUUCAGACAGCUGUGCUGUCUUAAUAAUGUUAAAAAAAUACUCUGUGAGUUCUGUGCAUACGUAAAUGUGUUGAAAGAGACAAUGAAUCACCUAUUUGGUUAGUUGAAAAUGCUGCAGAUGUUAUGGCAUUUCCCACUGAAAGUCGUUCAUUUUAAAAGUCAUGUUAUUGUGUCGUGAAUGUAUCUAAUGCAAAAACUUUAAACCUGCCCAUCUGAAAGAUAGGCAUGUUGAAAUGUAAUGAUUCACUAUAUAUAGACUAUUUCUAAGAGGUCACCUAAAUACCAUGUUGAUACUGUGUUAAGACAUAUAAAAGUAUGUGUAUUGUUAUAUAGAUUUAUAUUUAAUGUUAAUGGGUGGUGUGACUACUUUUAGAAAUGUCCUUGAGAAACUGCAGUACCUACAUUUUUUUCUUUUCAUCUCUUUGAAGAAUUUAAACUGAAAUGUUCCUCUCUUACUCAAUGAAAUUGAUAAUUAGAAUGUCCAGGCAAAUUGUUUUGUCUAAAAUCUUACAGCUUUGAAGGACUAGCGUUGUCCUGCCAAGUAAAAAAAAAAAUCCCUUAGCCUCUGUCUUUUCCCUCUCUGUCACAUCAUUAUGCCUUCACUAACUGCUAUCCAGCUGGAAAUAACAAAAUACUUGAUUAAUAAAUUGUGCCUCUUUGGGGCAUUUGAAUUUUAAGUCCUUCUAGAAGUAUCUACUCCUUGGAAAAGAUCGUAGUUAGCAAGGAGAAUUGCCAUGUAGGUACGAGAAGACUUUUACUCUGAUCUGUUUUUACCUCCCUCUCUCUCCCUCUCUCUCUCUCUCUCUCUCUCCCUCUUUCCCCCUCUCUCUCUCUCUCUCUCUCUCUCUCAUUCUCUCUCGUACCUGAUUUCCUUUAGGCCCCACUGUAUUUUGCUGUACCGUCUUGAGCCGCCUCUGUGUCUGCCUAGAAUAUGCAAAAUGUUCUGAUCAUUGUGUGCAGUGACCAGAUCCUUUAGCAUGUGGACAGCGAAUUCGGUCCUAAGCCUAGUUCUGUUUUCCAGGACACAGUCAAAGGGCCUUACUUCCUUCUCGAUCACUGUAUAAAGACGUGAUAACUAUGUAUGGAAAAUAACAUGUAUUAGUGGUAAGUUAAUAAAUUUUAUUUGACAUAAGAAACCAUUGCAUGGGAAUAAUAAAAAAAAAAUAUUAAAACUUUUUAACAUAAUUAAUAGUUUGUGUAGACUGACAAGGAAAAAAACUAUAAUAUGAAAAAUCUACAUUUGUACACAAUGAUGGAGUCAUUGUUAAUGAUAAUAGUUGCUGUUGCUAUGGCAACAAAAUGACAACAUGGCUACCUUUGUAUUAUCCUAAUUGUGAAAUUUUUUUCACAUUAAUCGAAAUAACGUACAACACUAACUUAUUCAGAAAGGGAAUGUCUAAUUAGUUUGUCUUGGAUUGCGAUGUGAUUGAAUAUUUUGUAUGGAAAACGUAUAAAUCCUUGUUACAUCCAAAGGUCCUUUGGGGAGAUCAGGUGUUUAUUUUGUUUUGUUUAUUUGGUCUUAAUUGAUUUUUUUGGUUGUUCUUGUACAUUGUGUUGUCUUUCAAAAGUAAGAAUGGAUGUUGGCUUUUAAAGCAAACACCUAUCUGUCAGGGAGGGGAAGAGGCUUCUGGACCGAGUGCAGGAUCUGAAAGAUUCCGCUUUCUCAGUAAAAUCAAAGUAGAGGAGCUGCUCUCUGUUCACCUCAUCUGGACCAGAGGAGCAUUGCUCUCUUAUGUUUAACCAGACGUGUGUGCUUUCGUUCUGUAGUGCUGUUAUUUGCUCGUCCCUCCGGUCGUGGCCCAGAGGAGCUGAUUUCAGACUCUCCCGCAGCGCUCCAUCAGCAGUCUCUUCCCCCCCGGCCGGCCCAGCUGUGCUGGGCGAUGUCGAUCCUUGCUGGGGUGUACGAAUGUGUGAUAUUCACCUUGUUUGCACUUAUGUACAUAACUAUGUCAGAAUACUCAAAAUUUAUUUUGAAUAAAUAUAGAUAAAAGAAUUGAUUAAAAAAAUCAAAUCACUGUAUUGUUAAAGAUAUGAGUAUACAGUUAUCAUUUUAUUACAGUACAAAAGAUUGUUUUGAGGAAUCUGUUGGUUUUUGUUCUCUGUUUGCUAGAGCUCUAUUCUUUGCCAAGCAUGACAUUGCCUAGCUGUAAACAGUGAAUGGUUUGCUUCAAACAAGCUUUUUUCUUUUCUUUUUUCUUUUUCUUUUUUUAAGAGGAACAUUUAAUUGGUCCAACUAUAUCUGAUCCUGACAUCAAAAAAGAAAGGUGGUUUUGUUGAUACUUUCAGUGAUUAAAAAGAAAAUCAAACUAGAACAUAUGUGAUAAACCAGAAGGGACCUUGACUAUAAAUAUCUCAUAAUAUAUAAUCACACAAAAUGCGGAACUCGGGUCCCUACAGGCAGUCCUACAGUAAAUCCAAGAUAUCACAGCAUGGUUCCACCUGCAGGCUGUCUGAAGAGAAGCAGCUGAGUAAAAUAAAAAAGAGCAGAUAUCAGGAUCAGACAAUAGGAGGACAUGGACGUGACCGCUGUACAAAGGGUUUCAAGUUUCAACUUAAUUUCUGUUGUAUGUGAAGUGGAUUAUUCUUUGCUCACUCACUGUCAUUACCCAAAACAACAAUAAAUCUGAAUUCUCCUCAGGAUUUUAGUCGAAAUUGUGAACAAGACCUGGUUUUCCAAUAUUAUUCUUGUAGCAGCAACAUCCCUUACAAACAAAAAAAACUGUUCUGCAAAACUUGGACAUUUGAUGCUCUUCGAUUCCUCUUGAAGCCAAUGAUUUUGUUGCCAUGGCACUUGUCCUAGUGGUGGAUUGACUGAGUCAUCCUGGUGAAUUGGUUCAAGGCCCUCCGAUGAUUGUUGAAUAUAAACGUCUGCAGUCAGAGACGGUGUGAUUGGGUGUGAGCCACACGUCUCUGUGAAGUGCACCCAAAAAAAACAAAGCCUCUCUGCUGCAUCUCACCUGCUCUGAGUCCCUCAUUAUUAUUAUCAGUAUCAAUAUGUGGUAAAAAUACUGCUGGAGCUGUGGAGUGCACUUACCCACCAUUGGGGUUUCACCUUACCAACACGUGAAUAUUAGAUGGUGAUUUUAUCAUUAAACCAACGUAUUUACUAUUAUUUGAAAACAAUUUAGUUGUAAUUGUGCCUUUAUCAUGCGAGAUGUGUUUUUCCCAGUAGUUUUUACAUUUAAGACCAAUGUUUUGUCACAAGAACAGCAUCUGCGCUGAGUGUCUAACCCUUUAUUUAAAAUCCCCGUGAUGAGUCGGUGGGCUGUCACUAAACUGGGUGCGAUGACUGAAGUGCCAGACUUGAAUGGCGACUUGGGGACGGUGAUGAGGGCCAAAGACUGUUCAGGACAAAGCCAUAUGAAAAACUCCUCUCUCUGCCACUCUAGGACAGACUUGAUAGUGACUGCUGUUUCUUAGUCGCCUCUUGUUUCACUCUAUAUUUUUGCUUGUCGUGCUUGUAUGUGCUACUGUGCUACAUGCCAAUUUAUUUUGCCGUGUAUAGAUAUUAAAGGUAGGUUACUGUGCCUAUGAUGAAUUCUGCAAUUUUUUUUUUGUUUUACCUUUUAAUAAAUCACUUAAUUGUG